CGGACGCUGCCUCGUCUGCGAAGCCAUGGCAGCCCUCGGCCGGCCCUUCAGCGGCCUCCCUCUGAGCGGCAGCGCGGACUUCCUGCAGUCGCCGCCGGCCUUCGCGGGCCGGGCCUUCCCGCCAGGAGCCGCCGGCCAUGACCUGGCCCCGCGGCCGGGUGUCCGCGGCCCGCCGAGCAGCCCGGACGGUAGAACAGCGCGCGGACGUGUUUCCAUUCACUGUAGAAAGAAACACAAGCGAUUGGCGGAGGACGAUGAGUGUCCAGUAAGAAAGAAGCGCUUGACUGAAGCAGAACUUGGUGCAGUUGCCGAUGAGUGGGUUCUUGGCACACAUCAGGGUAUAGAAGGUCAUGGGGUAAACACGUGUCCUGGUGGCCUUUCUGUGCCUAGCAUCCUAGAUGCUGUCUGUGAAGAAAUGGAUCAGACAACUGGAGAACCACAGUGUGAAGUUGCCCGAAGAAGGCUUCAAGAGAUCGAGGACAGGAUAAUUGACGAAGAUGAAGAGGUUGAAAGUGACAGAAAUGUUAGCCACCUCCCAAGUCUUGUCCUUUCUGAUACCAUGAAAACGGGUUUGAAGAGGGAAUUUGAUGAAGUCUUCACAAAGAAGAUGAUUGAGUCUAUGAGCCGUCCUUCUAUGGAGCUUGUGCUCUGGAAACCUCUCCCUGAACUCCUUUCUGAGAAGCCAAAGCCAUCAUCUAACCCUAAGAACUACAUGGGAGAGAGCCAAACGAAGCACACAGCUACGGGCACUGCCUUCCCACAGAGAACUGAAGUGUUACUGGAACCUCAGUGCACAGACACACCGCUUUACCAUAGUCUGGAGACAGCUGCUAGCACAGAGGAAGAGAUGGAGCUCUAGACACCAGUGCCUGCUCCAGCGUGACAAGUCGUAGAAGGCUCCUGUGUUCAGUAGUGAGCCUGCCUGCAUAGAAUAGGGGCCUGAAAGUUUUAUGAAACGGGUGUAAUAUCUCCUCCACCUGUGACUUGGGUGGGACUGUCAUUGUGGGUAGCCAUUUAUUGAAUUCAACUUUUUGCCAAGGAAGCUUAUCUCAAGGGAAAUGGAGUUUUUUAGUAGGCUUAUCCAAGAAAUGUUACAGUCUCUUUAAAGACAGCUCUAGAUGCUGGAUGUGUUGCAGUGACUUAAGUCAUCUGUCACAUUGUUGAAGCCAUUCUUUCUUGAGAUGAUUAUAUACAGGGAUGCUCCUAAUUGCCACUGCACCCUGAUUGCUGAAGUCAUAUACUGAGCUACUCGUAGUGGUCACUGUACACUUGGGGCUCGGGAGGGAAGAUAGCAGGACUUUGAGUCUCUUGUGAAGGAUUGAACAAGCAAAGAAGCCUGUGUUGGUGUCAGGUUGGUGUAGCCACAUCACUCAAGCAGCAACCCUUGGUCUCCUUUCAUGACUGAUAAGCUCAGUUGGUCAGUAAUGUUUACACCUCAAUUAACUUAAGUGAUUGAUUUAAAGGGUGUGGGGUAAAUUGCCUGUGAGAGAAGGGUCUUUUCCUGAAUCCUAAGGACAUGCUGUGUCGUCAGGUAAACCUACAUUGAUUGCUUCUAGAGUUUAAAAAGGGAAGCUUGUGCUUGUAUUAGCAAGUUGAGUUUUUUAAUGUUGGUUCCAAAAACAGUGAAUUAGCUGAGAAGAAAUGGACAAGUGUCGUGGAAAUGCUUUACUGAAAUAGCUAAUUGUCCGGUGCUUAAGCUAUUGUGCAGUUAAGCCUAAAGAGCUAGCCGAAGAUGGCCUCCUGCCAGCGGGAAAUCUUGACCCUUUAGUACCGAACCAGGCUCAAGGUGUUCUUUGGGAAUAACCAGGGUUAAAGUUUUUAAUUUCUCAGGAAGAGCUCUUCAGCAUGGCAGGAUGUGUAAUGAGGGCUGUAGAGUGGUAAGAGGUCUGCAGCAGAUCACCUCGGUUCAGUUUUCAGUUUCUGGGUUUCUUCUCCUCUGUGUAGGGGAAAACAGUAAAGAGGUUUAUGCUGAGUAGAGGUGAAUUUUUUAGAAACUUAGCUUCUUGGCAUUUUGAACCCAUGCUGAAAUCCCUCCUGUGGAUGGCAUAGGAGUCACACGUCUGUUCAGUGGACUGUUUCUUCUCUUGCCUGUUGUUCCUGCUCUCCCUAUUUCUGUCUGGAUGUCAGGAAAAGGUUUAAUGUUUAAUAUUUAAACAAAAUAUUUAUGUCUACACAAUAAAGUUACGCAACCUCCAAACCA